CCCCAAGCCCCUUCGGCUCGCUCAUAUUAAAGCCCUAAACCACAUCAACUUCUCCUAUCUAUCGCUUUUUCACAACCGUCUCAUCUCUGCAAAAUCGUCUUUCAGAUCCUCCGCUCGCUUUUUCUUCGAAAUGACGGCCUUCAAGGGAAAGUACCAUGAUGAGCUUAUUGCCAAUGCUGCCUACAUUGGCACCCCUGGAAAGGGUAUUCUUGCUGCUGAUGAGUCAACUGGCACAAUUGGCAAGCGUUUUGCCAGCAUCAAUGUUGAGAACGUUGAGGAAAACAGGCGUGCUCUUCGCGAACUCCUCUUCACUGCCCCUGGUGGCCUCCAAUACCUUAGUGGAGUGAUCCUUUUUGAGGAAACCCUCUACCAGAAGACAGCUGAAGGCAAGCCAUUCGUUGAGGUUUUGAAGGAAGGUGGUGUUCUUCCUGGCAUUAAGGUUGACAAGGGCGUUGUUGAGCUUGCUGGUACCAAUGGUGAGACCACAACCCAGGGUCUGGAUGGCCUGGGCGCACGCUGCGCAAAGUACUAUGAAGCUGGUGCCCGGUUUGCCAAAUGGCGUGCUGUGCUCAAGAUUGGUCCCAAUGAGCCAUCUCAGCUUUCAAUCAACGAGAAUGCCAAUGGCUUGGCUCGUUAUGCUAUCAUCUGCCAGGAGAAUGGUUUGGUACCCAUUGUUGAGCCUGAGAUCCUUGUUGACGGGUCCCACUCCAUUGACAAGUGUGCUGAUGUGACUGAGCGCGUCCUUGCUGCAUGUUACAAGGCUCUCAAUGACCACCACGUCCUUCUUGAAGGAACUCUCUUGAAGCCCAACAUGGUGACUCCCGGAUCUGAUGCCAAGAAGGCUUCACCAGAAGUGAUUGCUGAGUACACCGUCCGUGCCUUGCAGCGCACUACCCCUGCAGCUGUCCCUGCUGUGGUGUUCUUGUCUGGUGGACAGAGUGAGGAGGAGGCUACUCUCAACCUUAACGCCAUGAACAAGCUCCAGGGAAAGAAGCCAUGGACUCUUUCCUUCUCCUUCGGCCGUGCUCUUCAAGCCAGCACUCUCAAGGCUUGGUCAGGAAAGAAAGAAAAUGUUAAGGCUGCACAGGAGGCUCUCCUCACAAGGGCCAAGGCCAACUCAGAGGCAACCUUGGGAACCUACAAGGGCGAUGCCAAGCUCGGUGAGGGUGCUGCAGAGUCUCUUCAUGUCAAGGACUACAAGUAUUGAGGGAGCUGUGUGGUAGGAAAUGCAAGUGUGUUCUCUAUGUUACCUCUGUCAUAGUAUAGGUUGGUCCUUUUUGGUACCAUUUUCUUUAUAAACUCGGCAUGAGAUACUAGUAGAAUGAUAAAAGCUUGAGGAACACUGGCAAGCAUGGAGAGUUGUUAUUUACCCCUUCGUUUUAGUUGGAGAACUGCUCAUGUAUGUUGGGUAAUUUGUCGUUAUGGUAACCUUUGAUUUUGAUA